GAUAAAGUUGUGAAAUCAAUUGCAAUUUUGCCCAUAAUUCAAAUCUAAUAGAAGAUUGGAGACAUGACAACAGUGUCCGCCACAUAAUGAUGGUGCUAUGCAAUUCACUCUCUACUUUCGCUAUUCCUCGCCUUAUCCCCACCGCCGACAAGCAGCCAACAACGCAGACGCCGGUAAAGGGCCGCACAAUCGGGCCAAUUUUGCAAGUUAGCCGCCGGAAAGCGAGCCCGAGAGGAAUUUCGGUGGUGACUCGUGCGGGUCCCAGCGCCAGCAGCUACAUAUUUGCCUUCGUCUUCCCGCUUUCUCUUCUCGCGGUCACCAUUAUCACCUCUGCGAGAAUUGCCGAUAAGCUCGACCAGAAGUUCUUUGAAGAGCUUGCCAUAAAUCAAGCAAUUCUGGAAGGAGAAGAGGAAAACGAGGAUGAAAUCUCGGUUCCUUUGGAAAAAGAAGCCAAGCAGACUCGCAGCCGCAAUCGACCCAAGCGAGAAGUCGAACGAUCAUCAUCUACCUAACAUUUGUUUAGGUUUUGGAGACUGAACAAACAUUUUAGUCUCAUAUACUCAUGGUUUUGUUAUUGUAAGCCUCAUGCUUGCAGCAAAUCCUAGUGCGCUUGUGUGUGCCAAUGUAUAAAGGAAAAACAAGAAAGGUUGAAAUUUUUGAUUCUGUGGAACCUGUUGUACUUGCUUAUAGGCAUGGAAAAAUCAGUAUCCACUUGGCUUUUAUUAUAUAAACAGUGACAACUGAAAAAGAUGGUGCUUAUAUUAACUAGAGUUAUUGAUUAUAUCAUUACUGUACUUGUAAUAAGCCUUGAUUUCUAUUGUUAUUGACAUCAUUAUAUAUUACCUUUGUUUAUUGCGCCAAUGUAUUACACCAUUUAGCAAAACAAACUAAUGCAUUCAUAAAUUUUCAUGUGAGACAGCUUAAUCUUACCUAACAAUUAGGCGGAUCGAUCCGUCAUAACCAUUGGUGGGUUAACCCGUCGUACUAUUUGAAC